AGAAUAUAUUUUUAAAUGAUAUUAGAAGAAGCUUAAAAUGCUAAAUCAAAAAGCAGCUAUAUUACUGUUAAUAAUUCAGAUUCGUAUCUUACAAACAAUUUCACAUGCAGUUAAGUAAUUAAAACAAACUUUAUUUGUAAUCUUUAAUUUAAAUCAUAAUAUCUUGAUCAAAAUUGUAAUAGUUAUUCAGUAUAGAUUGAUGUACGGGAUACCAAAGUCUUUGAAAUUGCGUUGGAUGAUGCAAAUUAUGACGAAGAGAAUGAAAACGAAAUGAUUCAACCAGUGGAUCUUGCGGAUUUGAAAUCUCUUGUAAAAGACGAAAGCAGAUAUGAACCAUUACAUUCUCAUGUAAAAUAUUACAAUGAGCAUAACGCCGAAAGUAAAAACCGGUAUUCAGAUAUAUUUCUGCUGCAACCACGUAUAAAAGAAAUAUUCAAUUUGGAACAAGAAAAUAAACCAUUUAUUGCUGGUUUUAAGCAUAAUUUAGAUAAGAACAAAAGAAAUGUACGGAAUUUUGAGAGAUUACAAAAUUAUAAAAAAGAUACAACAAACGUUGUCACAGGUACUAAUUAAUACGUGUAAUUAAUCACAUCAUAUUAUAUCUAUAUUAUAAUAAAUGAAAAGAGAAGAAAUAAAUAUGCGUUAAAUAAGCUAUUCUUCUGUUGGCAAAUAAAUAGACAAAAGUGUAAAAAGUGUUAGAAUAAAACGCGAAGAGACAACAAAUCAUUAUGGAGUAAUAAACAAAGAGAUGGAUUUUUUCCAAGUUAUAAGAGAUAGGAAUAUUACAACUAGUAAGACAGAAACAACGGAAUAUUUCGUGGUAACGCCAGAGACACAGUAUAACUUGUAUGAAUAUGAUCAAAAAACUGCAAAUGAAGAAAUCAAAAUUACUGUGGAUCAGUUUUUAAUUUCGAAAAGAAGAGUUGCAGAUAAAAAUAAUUCUAAUAAAGAUUCAUACGAUGAAUACAACAAACUUAAAAUGGAAUACGAACAGCAACUGGAAUAUGAUAUAAAGGAAGGAAAAGUACUGAAUUAUAGUAUACAGAAAGAAUCGAAGGAUAUGCCAAAAGGAGUAUUGAAAAGAUUAAUAGAUUUAAAACCAUCGAAGAAUUGUACGAAGGAAGAAAUGAGCCAAAUCGGAAUCAGAGCAAUAGAAUGUCUUUCAUAUGAGUUUCAGCGCACGAAAGACAUAAUGGCCGUGAAGAUGAUUCUUUCGAGAACAUGGUUGGUCCUCCGAGUUUGGUUGUUAAUUUAUAUUUCUGUGGCAAUUCCUUGUUGGUGUCAAAGAGGAUGGUGUUGCUGGUGUUUCCGUUGUAAAUUUUGUUUUCCACGAAAAAGGAUCAUGUUCAUCAAACGAUAUUACGCAAUGAAUCCGCCUGGCAUUUUCGUGAAGGAUUUAAAAAAGGAGAAAGAGUCUAUUAAAUAUGAAGCUACUAAAGAUGAAUACGACACAUACAAGUCUUUCGAAGCUGCAAUAAGAAAUUUAUGAAUAUUAAUACAUUCGUUAUUUGUUAAUCGCAUAUAAUUUAAA